AUGAAUGUGGACAACAUGGACAGCGACGGAGAGGAGAACAGCAUCUCCUCAACGCGACGGAUCCCGGAGCAAAAGCUGUCCUGUGACCAAUGCAGACAGCGCAAGAUCAAAUGCGAUCGAGAAGAUCCCUGUGGUCCAUGUCAAAGGAAGCAAAUCCAUUGUUCAUACCCAAUUGGCUUCAAGACAAGAGCAAAGCGACAUCGUGCUCUAGUGUCUGACGGCUAUGAAGCCAAGUUGAACGACAUCUCCCAAAAGCUGGAUCAAAUCAGCCUCGCUGUCAACAACAUCACCUCUCCUCCCCAUCUUCACGGAGGUUCAUCAGCCGUCCAUACCACCUUGGCUUCUCAUGUAACACCUCAAUCGUACACAAACUCUCCAUCAGAACCACUAAGAAGCAACGAUGAUACUUCUUCGGAAUUGGAGGACGAUGUCACGCUCACUACCCAGGCGACAUUCGCCACCAAUUUCCUACAGGAAGUAGUCGAUAGCAACAAAGGACCGGGUCAAGUGCAUGAACUAGAGAAGAACUUGGAUGAGUUACGAAAGAUCUUGAGCAAAGGAAAUGUCGGUAAUGCAGAUCCUCAACUUGUCAAUACCCAGCAAACUCUUUAUCCUGCGGGACAAGGAGGUUAUCAACUUCCCCCCAUUCAUUUGGCGAUGAUGGCUUUACAGAAGCUAAGAGAGUCCCCUAGACUGAGAUGUUUUUGGUGUCUCGAAUUUGAGAGCAUUGGGCAGUUUGUAGAGUACUUCAUGACAGUCUACUUUGGCAAGCCAACACUCGCCGACCUCAUCAUCACCCACGCAGGUCUACAACGUCUUCUACUGGAAUGUGACAAGAUCGAACAAGACCCAGUUCUAAAGAACGAGUUCAAGACACAAGGACUUCUCUGUCGACAGAACUUGGAAACGAUGCUGGCUGGUCUCCCGUUCAAUCUACCAUGCACAGCCGAUUACGUCCUGGCUCUGUAUAUGGCGGCGACAUAUUAUCUCGACAGAUGCCGCAUAUCAUUAUCAUGGAACUGCCUUGCAGCCUCAGCCCAAAUGUGUCAAAGACUUGGCCUCAUUCGUGAAACUCUCUCAAAGCCGGAAACUCGAGAAGAGAAGCAGCGCAGAGGUAAAAUAGUCUGCUGGAUCCACAUGCUGGACAAGAUGCUUUCCAUGCGCCUCAGCAGACCUUCUCUUAUACGCGUCGGUGAAAUCACAUUGAACUUUGAAGCAUUAGAAGCUACUGGAAACGACGAUCUACCACCGAUACUGUCCAAGUGGACGAACUUUUGUGAUCUCCAAGCAAGAGUCUACGAUGAUUUGUACAGCCCUAUGGCUUUGAUGCAGCCGGAUGAUGAGAGAGAGUCUCGAUCAAGAAAUCUUGCAGCGGACUUGAAGAGACUCUAUCAUGGUGGAAAUGCAGCAGAGGACCGGUUCAUCGAGACUUCUCGAAUGAGUGUUGGGGAGACACUGACUGAGCUCUUCCAACGAGCUGACAAGAUCGCAUAUCUUUCAAUGGUCUGCCUCAUUUACCGAGCCAUCAAACCCAAGCCCACGACCCCUUCCGCCUUCUGUGACGAGUGUCUAGAGGUAGCGAAGGAAGCCCUUGACGAGCACAGGAUAUGCUUGUCUAUUCUAAGGGAUGCCGAUUCCGGCAUGCUUGAGCAUUACGUGCACUGGGCAUUCAUCGCUGUACCUCUCAUACCAUUUAUGGUACUUUUCUGCCGGGCUAUCGAGACGUGUGACCCAGCACAUCUAGAGAAUCUCGCAGCUGUAGUUGAGACAGCACACAUCACCACCGACCUUCCCGACGCUUACAGAAAGCAACUUCGCUUAUUCAAGCUUAUGCACGAUGUAGCCUGCAAGUACGUUGGCUCCAGGGCAAGCAACGCAUCUGUCCAUGCAUCAGGUAGAAUACCCGACACGCCUUUCGAGAUGCUUUUCGUUGAGGCAGGUGUUCCUCUACCGGGGCACAUGAACAUGAUCACAGGUAUGCAGGGUUUUAACGAUGGGGCACAGCAUGGUGUUGGUGUAGGCUUUGGGAACAAUGCAAUGGGCCAGGAUGGAAAUGUGGCAGAGUAUGGGGAAUUUACGCAUAGUAUGGAGCUGGGGAAUUGGUUUGAGCAGAACCAGGAGAUCUUUAUGAUGCUGGAUAGCAAUAUGGAGCCGAGCUUGUAG